AUGCUUCUAAUUGUCCUUGCUGCCGUGGCAAUCGCCGUGGCUCUUUCCACAAGAAAGAAGAGCAAUACCGAGGAAUUUGUUGCAUCCUCCGUGGUCCCACCUGUUUCUCCUUCCGAAGCACCGACGUCCUUGCAGGGAUCCAUACUCUCUCUUUUCUCUGACAAAACCAUUUUGGCCAUCACCAACCAUGUUGAAUCGCCCCAAUCCAAGGCAUGGCAGUGGCUUCUCCAAGACCCCUCUCUCCUGGCCUUCUUAGAGGAUCACAUCAAGCAACGAUUUGCCUUGGCCACAUUCUACUUUGCUACACAAGGAGACCAAUGGUCAUUCAACACCCACUGGCUUGACUACACUGUCCAUGAGUGUGAAUGGUUCCAAAAACCUGUCUUUGCCAGAAAGGAUCGCAUUAACAAAUUUCUUCCGGGUUUUUUGACCAAUUUCUUUCCUUCCGCGGUACCACCAAGAUGCAACGUUCACGGUCUCGUCCAGCAGCUGUGGCUGGACCAGAAUAAUCUUGCAGGCCAAAUCCCAGAGGAGCUCUUCUUGUUGACGCACCUCCAAACUGUUUCCAUGGCUUUGAACAAACUACAAGGUCCCAUUUCUACCAAGGUGGGCAAGCUCACGGUACUUGAGGGUCUCUCCAUCGCAGAUCUAGAGGAUUCCGGAACAAUUCCUUCUGAGAUUGGUGUGUUGACCAGUCUCAGAUUUCUCAGCCUCGAUCGGAAUAACCAUCAAGGAUCCAUUCCCAGUGAAUUGUGGAGGUUGACCAACCUCGACACACUGGGCAUGACCACCCAUCCACAGCUCCAGGGGGUGCUUCCCACCGAAAUUGGCCAUUUCACCAACCUGCGAUGGCUCAUCAUGGACAAUUGUGAUUACUCUGGAACCAUCCCUACGGAAAUUGGUCUAGCCACCACUCUGGAAUGGCUUGUACUACUCGAGAAUCAAUUUUCUGGAACUCUUCCAAGCGAACUCGGAAAUCUUCCCAACCUUGUUGUUUUCAGUGUUGCAGGAGACUUCAUGGAAGGAACACUUCCCACAGAGCUAGGACUACUGACGACACUGACCUUGCUCCGGUUCACUGAGAAUCAAUUCAGCGGAACAGUCCCAAGUGAAUUUGGACUGUUGACGGAACUCAACAUUACGCUCAGUUUCAAGAACAAUGGGUUUCUCACGGGAACCAUCCCAUCGGAGCUGGGGCUCCUUUCCAACUUGUAUGAGCUCGAAUUCCAAGGAAAUAAAUUUUCUGGUCCCAUCGCCAGCGAGCUUGGCCAGCUCUCCUUGUUGGGCCACCUCACAUUGGCCAACAAUUCGUUUUCCAGCACCGUGCCUCUUGAUUUGUCAGCUCUAGGUGAUUCCCUCUAUGCCUUGACCAUGGAAGGAAACCCCAUGCUGCAGGGGACUAUUCCCAAAGCAGUGUGCAAUUUGAGCAGCACCUGUGUGGGCAAUGCAAGGCAUGUCUGCGAAGGGGGGGGCUUGUCAUUUGACUGCACAAACCUUUUGUGUGGUUGUGGCUGUGAUUGCGAAGUAAGAUAG